AUGUUGCCCACCCUCGUGCGGCGGCUUGCCCAGGCUGCAAAGCCGCAGCUCAAUGAGGCGGCUGUGAAUUACAAAUACAAGCUCAAGAAAGUGUGGCCACCCGACAUGGGGACCAUGAGUCCGCAGCAGCAGUUGCGGUUCGAGAAGAAGUACAAGCGGAGGCUGAAGCUCGCCUCGGCCAGGCCGCGCUGGGAUAAAUUCGUGAGGCUGGCGCAGCUGUUCACAGUA